AUGACUAAAGAACACUUUGUUAGUGCUCAAUGUGUUCUUAUCAUCAUUCUUAUUGUUGCUCCCACUGUUAGCUCUGAUGAUACAACACCCAUUCCGGCUGAUGAUGCUAAAGUACGUAAUUGGUUCCAAACUAACGUUAAGCCCUUGGCAAGUCGUAAAGGUACCUUAGAUCCAGCCCUUGUAGCUGCUGAGGGUAAACCCAAAAUAAUUAAGAUCUCAAAAGAUGGAAAAGGAGAUUUCAGGACUCUUACUGAUGCGAUUAAAAGUAUUCCAUCAGGAAAUAAACAACGUGUGAUUAUGAAAAUUGGACCUGGAGUUUACACCGAGAAAAUCACUAUUGAUAUGAAUAAACCUUUUAUUACAUUCCUUGGAGCUCCUAAUGCUAUGCCCACUUUAGCAUUUGGUGGCACAGCCUUGGAGUAUGGAACUGUUGAUAGUGCCUCUGUAAUGGUGUUGUCUGAUUAUUUCAUGGCUACUUAUAUUAUUUUUAAGAAUACUGCACCAGGACCUAAUUCAAAGAAGCCAGGAGCUCAGGCAGUUGCAUUAAGAAUUAGUGGAGACAAGGCCACUUUUUAUAACUGUAGAAUGCUUGGAUUUCAAGAUACAUUGUUGGAUGAAAGAGGCCGCCAUUUCUUUAAGAAUUGUUACAUUGAAGGCACUGUUGAUUUCAUUUUUGGAAGUGGGAAGUCCCUUUAUCUGGAAACAGAGAUACACGUUAUAGAUAAUAAGGGUGCAUUCAUCACAGCACAGGCAAAAACCAAAAAAUCAGAAGAUUAUGGUUACUCUUUUGUACAAUGCAAAAUAACUGGAAAAGGGUCUGGCACAUAUCUGGGACGAGCAUGGAAGACGAUGCCUGAAGUGGUAUUCUCUUAUACUAAAAUGGGUGCCGUUGUCAAUCCUCUUGGAUGGUCAAAUAAUAAUAUACCUGAGAGAGAUAGCACGGUUUUCUUCGGGGAAUACAAGAAUUCAGGACCUGGAGCAGCUCCCAAACGACGUGUUAAGUUCACCAAGCAGCUAACGGAUAGAGAAGCGAAACGCUUCAUCUCUCUCGGCUAUAUUCAGGGUUCAAAAUGGUUGCUUCCACCUCCAUUGCAACCUCGACAUCGAUUGAAUAAUUAUCCAGAACGCAAAGGAGUUAAUAAUGAUAGUCAACAGGUUAAUGUGGUUGAGGACGUGGUUGAAUCUGAGGAGGAAGAGGAUGAAGAUGAUGGGUCUAUUGUUGGUUCUAAAGAUGGGGAGGUUACCUAUGUGGUGAAGAAAAUUCUAUACUCGACAAAAUAG